AUGGCUUCCCUUCCCCCAAUAAUAGCGUGGGACUACCAGUUCGCCCCCAAUGCCCAAAAGUCUCGCAACUACCUCUACGCAAGCUCUACCCCCUUCAAGAUCUGCGAACAGCCCUUCGUAAUCCCCCGCCCCAUCCUCCAGGAUCUCGGCAUCACAUAUCGACGUGUGCCCGUACUGAGUAUCGGCAAGGAUGUCUUUUGCGAUAACACGAGUUUCAUCGAUGCGAUGCAGCAGUUGCUGGGCUCAAAGGGGUUGAAGAAGGCGGCGAGCGAUCGGGCUUGGGAGGCUUGGGGGUAUAGGACGUUUUGGAUUUGUUUGCCUUGUGUGCCGGCGGAGUUGAUUACGGAGGAUUUGGGGAAGGAUAGGAAGGAUCUGUUUCCGGUCUUUGCUCGCAAGGACUUUGCGACGUUGCGACAGAACGGCUUGUCUGAAUUACGAUCGUUGCUCGACACGGCCGAGCACGAGUUCCUCAGCGGGAACAAGCCUUAUAUCAAUGGCCAGGAUCUCUCCUUAGCAGAUAUCCAUGCCAACUGGAUGAUCAAAUGGGCUUUUGCUACCAUUGGUGUGGCCAAGGAGGCGGGAUUCGACAAGUCUUCGUAUCCCAAGACACACGCCUGGUGCGAAGCAACACCUACCCACGACGACGAGAUCCAAAAGGAUGCCUUCCUCUCCGCUGAAGAAGCCUCCAAGCAGAUCCUUGGCUCGGAGUACGCUCUUUCAGAUAUCGGGGUCGAUAGCACGGAUCCAUUGGGGUUUAAGGGCGGAGAGGAUGUGGCCAUUGAGAUGACGGACGCGACGCCGGGAUACUGUCCGCAGAACGGUAAGUUGGUUGGCUUAAGCAAGUCGAGGAUUGUGGUGCAGGUUAAGAAUGGCCUGAGGGUGCAUUUCCCGAGGAUCGGGUAUGUGGUUAACAGUCAGAAGGGUGGUGCUGCGACGAAUGGACAUUAA